AUGCCAACCCCAAUUCCGGAAAUGAAUUCAACAAAGUGGAAGGGUUUGGUUAUCGGAGAAGGACAGAUUUUUCCUAAUGCAGUGGCUCUUAGGCAAGCACUGUAUAGGUAUAUGGGUGCAUACUCAAUGGGACAAAGACAAGAUUCUGAGUUGUUAAUAAUUAGAACCUUAAGAAGUGAGCAUGUGCAUUAUGCACAGGACAGCUUGGUUGUAUCUCACUCUAGAGGGUCAAACUUAACAUCAUCAAUCAUGAUAGAUUCUUUGAGGUGUAAUAUAGACAAGAAUGCUAAUGAAAUUAGAAGAGAUCUGUAUAGAGAAUAUGGGGUGCGACUGAAUUAUAGUCAAGCAUACAAGGGUAGAGAAAGAGCAUUGAGGGAAAUACAUGGUCGUGCACAGGAUUCAUACAUGGCGAUUCCCUGGAUUUGUGAAAGGCUCAUUGAAACUGAUCCAAACACAAGUGCUCGAUGGGAAGGGUUGGAUAGUAACAGAUUUCAGAGGGUGUUCAUUGCUUAUGGAUGCUCAAUUAAUGGAUUUUUAGAAGGGUGUCGACAUAUACUUUAUAUCGACGGCUGUCAUCUAAGUGGUCCUUACAAGGGGACAUUGAUUUCAGCUAAUGCAUAUGAUGCGGACAAUGAACUGUUUCCAUUAGCAUAUGCUAUAGUUAGUGGGGAGACAUAUGAUGAUUGGGCUUGGUUUCUCCAGAACGUCAAAGACAUCACAAGAUCAGUGGAGACAACGAUAGUUUCAUAUCAGAAUAAUGCCAUUAUAGGUGCUGUGCGAACAAUAUUUGGUGGCAAGAGACAUGCUUUUUGUUAUAGGCAUGUGAAAGAAAAUUUUAGUGCACAUUAUUUAAAAAUUAACCGAGGCAGGGGACGAGUUUCAGGUACUUCAAAGGACGUUGCAUUGAAAAUGCUAGAUGGAAUCGCCUAUGCAAGGAUUGAGGAUGAAUAUGUUGCUGCAAUGGGGAAACUUAGAUCAUUCUGUCCACAAUUAGCUGAUUGGGUUGACACUCAAGGAGAUGUAGAUCGGUGGGCUUUAAGCAAAUUCCCGUUUAAACAAUGGGAUGACAUCACCACUAAUGUUGCGGAGUCGUUUAAUGCCUGGAUUUUGAAGGAGAGGAAGCACAAUGUGUCAGUUCUCAUACAUGAGCAUAUGGAGAAAUUAGCCAAGAAGAUGGUUGCAAACAAAAUGGCAAUGGAAAAUUGGACAAAUGGCGUUGGGCCAAAUAUUGAGUCCAAGUUGUAA